GACGACAUAUCGAAGCUAUUAAGAGUUAUCGCAACAGUCACGCUUAGCUGUACUACGUACAGGGAAAAAAUCAGAUUCUUGUAUUUAUUAUCCGUUUUUCGCUAACUUAAAAUCAAGAAAGAUGCCUAUGCCCGUAGGAGGUGGAUACCAACAAGGCCAGCAACAGAGCUGCUUUGACAAAAUGAAGGUUGGCUUCAUAAUGGGUUUCAGUAUUGGCAUGGCAACUGGAGCUCUAUUUGGUGGUUUUGGAGCACUAAGACAAGGACUGAGAGGGAGAGAACUGAUCAACACUGUUGGGAAAAUCAUGGUCCAAGGUGGAGGUACAUUCGGUACAUUCAUGGCUAUUGGAACAGGAAUAAGAUGCUGAAGCUAAUAGUAAUCCCAAUUUGAAAUUAAAUUUAGUAGAAAGCAUCAAUACAUUUGUAAUGAAAAUCA